ACUUGGGAUAGUUGGAGUUUGGCUGUCGGAAGUGACAGUCGUUGACGGCGCCGCGUGUCAAAUCUACGCUCAUCGGUCUCGUCCGAGUCCCUUUCGAUAUUACGCCUCUAAAUACGUAUACCCAUCAGCCAUGGAUCCGCUGUGGUUGAGACAACAGCUGACCAAAUCGCCCACGUCGUUGACCACUUUUAAAAAUCCAUACCCAAGGAGACCUUGGCUAAAAGAUUCUGCAGCUGCAGCUGCAGCUGGUGGUGGAAAUGUUGGACUCAAGGGAAUCGUUGCUGGUGGAAUAACGGGUGGUAUAGAAAUUUGCAUAACAUAUCCAACCGAAUAUGUCAAGACACAACUGCAGCUGGAUGGAAAAGCUGGAGCUGGCAAAGAAUAUUCUGGAAUAUUGGAUUGUGUGAAAAAAACAGUAAAAGGUCACGGUGUCCUAGGUCUAUACCGAGGACUAUCCGUUUUAAUUUAUGGUUCAAUUCCCAAGUCUGCUGUGAGAUUUGGGGCGUUUGAAUCAGUUAAAAAACGACUAGUCGAUUCAGAAGGAAAAUUGAAUGCGCAAACAAGACUUUUAGCAGGACUUUGUGCUGGAGUUAGCGAAGCUGUAUUAGUUGUAACGCCUAUGGAAACUGUUAAAGUGAAAUUUAUCAAUGACCAAAGGUCAGGGAACCCAAGAUACAAAGGAUUCUUGCAUGGAGUGACCUUGAUAGUCAAAGAAAGUGGGGCAAGGGGUGUGUAUCAAGGACUAGUUCCAACAGUAAUGCGUCAAGGUUCAAAUCAAGCGAUAAGGUUUUUUGUAAUGGAAACUCUAAAGGACUGGUACAGAGGGGGAGAUAACUCAAAGUCUGUACCCAAAUUACUCGUGGGUGCGUUUGGUGCAGUUGCUGGUGCGGCGUCGGUAUUUGGAAAUACUCCAAUUGAUGUAAUAAAAACACGAAUGCAGGGUUUGGAAGCUGCUAAGUACAAAGGCACUGUAGACUGUAUAGUACAGGUAUGGAAAAAAGAAGGAGCAUUUGCAUUCUACAAGGGUACAGUUCCACGAUUGAGCAGAGUUUGUCUGGAUGUGGCAAUUACGUUUAUGGUCUAUGAUUCGUUUAUGGACUUGUUUAACAAAUUUUGGCCAUAAAUCAAGCCUGCACACAUGCUUGUAACCUUCUUGUUAUACAUUCCAUAAUGUUAGGAUUUUCUGUACAAUACUUUUGCAUCAUUUUCGUAUCAGCAGUCGUCUUUUUUUACAUACAAAGUGAUCUUGGUUGCAAGUUAUAAAUAUACCAGUGGUAAUAUGCUAAAGUUUACAUGAUAAUCUACUGUAAUGUAAAACAGUUAAACAAACCUUGACAAAUUUCUUGUAUUUUAUUUUUUUAUUUUUUAGCAAUCCAACUUACAAAUUUACAGACAAAUGCACAUUUUUUCUUGAUAUUUAUUUGUUUCAAGUUGUGCCAAAACGUCUGACUUUGUAUAAGGCGCUUUAGUAACUAAAGUAAAGAAAUUCUUUAAUAAUGAUUUAGCACUUUAUCAAUUUUCAAUAAUGUUCAUUCAUUUUCAUGGAUUUCAUGUAAAGCAAACACUGUUUCAUUGUGUACAAUAAUCUGUGUAAUUUUUCAUAAUAACGGAAGGCUUAGCAACUGGUCCAAAAAGUAGAAAACAUUUAUCAAUUACAACCAAUAUUUUUCUUGUACCUUAAAGUACAUCUUUUAAUGUACAAAUUUUGAAAUCAACUGGUAAUGACAAAUCUACUUUGUUUAUCUAUGGGAAUGCUAUUUCUUUCGUACGAAUUUUAUUAAAAAUAAUAAUAUAUUACGCUAUUAUUCCAAAAUAUGCAUUCUAGAGAGUAUGACUGUACUUUUGUAUGAAAAAUAACACAGUUUAAUAUUAUAUAUAUAUAAUAUAUGUAAAAAUAUGUGAGAUAUCAGUAGCAUAUGUUAGGGGUCAAUUUUAUAUACCGUAUGUCCUUUAACAUGCAAUGGUAACUAUAUACAAGGAACACUACAUUCAAGCUCAACUUAUACAUGCAAUUGUUUAUUAUAUUGAAUCGGUGGAAUCUACCGGAAAAUUGAUGUAUUUAUAUGAUUGGUGGAUAUUUUUACAAUAUGCGUUUACGUAUAUAACUAUACGCAUAUAACUAUUUACGGAAAUGAUGUAUGUGAUUCAAAUUUAAGUAAAAA